UUCCUCCCGCGCCUUCGCCCCGUCCCCACGUGUUGGCGGCCGCUGCCAUGGCAGCUGCGGCGGCUGCAUCCCGCGCCCCGGGAGCCGCGGCGGGAGAGGCGGCGGGAAGGCGGCCCUGCCGCGCCGCCCCGGGCAGUGCCAGCGCCAGCGCGGUGCCGGCAGGAGGAUGCGGCGGGGGUGGCUGUGCGGCCCUGCCGGGCCCCGCCGCCGUGCCCCGGAGAGCUCCCCCCAGGAUUUCAAGGUGGGGAACCUCCUGGGGAAGGGCUCCUUCGCUGGGGUCUACAGAGCAGUAUCCCUGAAAACUGGCCUGGAAGUGGCCAUCAAAAUGAUAGACAAAAAAGCCAUGCACAAAGUUGGAAUGGUACAGAGGGUUCAGAACGAGGUGAAAAUACAUUGUCAGCUAAAGCAUCCAUCUAUACUCGAGCUUUAUAACUAUUUUGAAGACAGCAACUACGUAUACCUGAUUCUUGAGAUAUGUCACAACGGUGAAAUGAGCAGAUACAUAAAGAACAGAAAGAAACCUUUUUCAGAAGAUGAAGCGCGACACUUCCUGCACCAGAUCAUCACGGGGAUGCUGUACCUCCAUUCCCAUGGAAUCCUGCACCGGGACCUCACCCUCUCCAAUAUCCUACUCACCAGUAACAUGAACGUCAAGAUUGCUGAUUUUGGGCUGGCCACGCAGCUGAAGAUGCCUCACGAGAAGCAUUACACCAUGUGUGGAACUCCCAAUUACAUCUCUCCGGAGAUCGCCACGCGCAGCCCGCACGGGCUGGAGUCCGAUGUGUGGUCCCUGGGCUGCAUGUUCUACACCCUGCUCAUUGGAAAGCCGCCCUUUGACACGGACACGGUCAGGAACACGCUGAAUAAAGUGGUGCUGGCAGAUUAUGAAAUGCCAGCCUUCUUGUCGAGAGAGGCGCAGGACCUCAUUCACAGGCUGCUGCGCAAAAACCCCGCUGACCGCCUGAGUCUUUCCUCGGUGCUGGAUCACCCUUUUAUGUCCAGGGGUAGCUCUGCACGCAGCAGAGAUUUGGGAACCUCAGAAGAUUCCAUGGACAGUGGAAAUGCCACCAUCUCUACAACCUUCACGGGCUCUUCCAGCAUCAGUACCAGCAGUUGCUUGAAGGAAAAGAAGAAGCUGUUAGUUGGGCAGCCACUCCCAAAUAAAAUUACUUUUUUUCCUAUAAACAAGAAUUCCAGUAGUAAUUCAUCGGCAGACGGAAGUGGUUCUUUCCCACAGUGGGGAAUUCAGGGAAAGGAAAUUGGCCGAAGUGGCAGGGGAAGAAGCCCCCAGCCUGGUGAGGAGAGGCCACAUUCGCGCUACCUCCGGAGAGCCCACUCCUCAGACAGGUCUGGCACAUCCCCCAGCCAGGCUCAGGGCAUAGCCAGCAUCGGGGAGCGAUGUCACUCCAUGGAAGUGCUUUCCAAGCCUAAAAUAGGAACAAGGGAAAACACAGAAUACUUCUCACCUGCCAACAGCUACGCUGAUAUAGGAGAAAUAUUUAAGGAGAAGACUUCUAGUACUUCUGGUUCUUUUGAAGAGCAGAUAUCUCCACCUGUAAAAGAUCAACCACACUCAAAUUAUGUGUGCCCAGUGAAGCCUCAGGUUGGUUUGUUAGAGCAGAAGUCCCAGGCUGAGACGAUGCAGCAGUGGCUUGGAAGCAUGCAGACAAAUGUUCCUCUGAGACCAGCUGCAGACCUGACUGGCAAGAGUAAUGCAUGUGGAGGUUUUCGGUACCACCUGGAUGUGCAGCAGGACGCACCAAGAAAUGCAUGGAACACCUUAAAAGACAUAAGGAAUCACCAUGGAUCUGGUGACUGUCCACAUUCUUUAAACCAGAGAAACCCAAAGAAAUGCAUCCCUGGAGUUCUCUGCAAAAACGAGAAAAUUCAGCCAUCUCCUACCUGUGGCCUUUGGUCAGCUCCAGAACAAAACCAAACUUGGGGCCAAGAGCCACCAGCACACCAGAAACCCACUCUGCGAAGUGUUGUGUCACCUCUCACUGCUCUCAGGCUCAAACCCAUCAGGCAAAAAACCAAAAAUGCAGUGGUGAGCAUUCUGGAUACUGGGGAAGUGUGUAUGGAGUUUCUGAAAGAACACCGCUCACAGGAACUUGUGAAAGAAGUUCUCAGAAUAUCUUGUGAUGGAAAUGUGAUUGCAGUUUACCAUCCAAAUGAAGGAAGAGGUUUCCUUCUUGAUGACAGACCUCCUGCUCCUCCUGAAGGCAUCUGCACAUAUAAUUUUGACAACUUACCAGAAAAGUACUGGAAAAAAUACCAGUAUGCAGCUAAGUUUGUGCAGUUGGUGAGAACAAAAACCCCCAAAGUGACGUUUUAUACAAGAUAUGCCAAGUGCAUGUUGAUGGAAAAUUCACCCCCUGCAGAUGUUGAAAUUUGUUUUUAUGAUGGAGCAAAGAUCCAUAAGACAGCUGGUAUAACUCGUGUGAUUGAGAAGUCAGGGAAAUCCUUCACUUUGAAAGGAGAAAGCGAAGCAGGGUUGAAGAAGGAAAUCCAGGUUUAUAUGGAUCAUGCAAAUGAGGGACAUCGUAUAUGCCUUGCACUGGAAUGUGCUGUUUUGGAAGAAGAGAAAAGGAGUGGAAGUGCUCCAUUUUUUCCAAUAAUUGUUGGAAGAAAACCUGGUAAUACUGAAUCACCGCAGGCUGUAGCACCUCCACUGUUGGACAAGACAAACUAUUCAAAUGAAAUUGUGGCAUUGGAUAGAAAUAAAGCUGCCAGUUUUACUCCAGUUCAGACUCCAGACUGCGCUCCUGUGGUGCCCUAUGAAAAGCCUACGUUUCUGACUAACACUGUUGAACAGACGUGCUCCCCUGUUCAUCAAACUGAAUGCAGUCCAAAUUCAGCCCAGCUUGUCAAAUCUGUUUUUGUGAAAAAUGUUGGUUGGGCUUCUCAGCUGACCAGUGGAGCAGUAUGGGUUCAGUUCAAUGAUGGAUCCCAGCUGGUAGCCCAAGCAGGUGUCUCUUCCAUCACUUACACUUCUCCAGAGGGCCAGACAACCAGGUAUGGAGAAGAUGAUAAGUUGCCAGAAUACAUCAAAGAGAAGCUGCACUGUCUGUCUUCUAUUCUUGUAAUGUUUACCAAUCCAGCUGGCCCUCACUGAUGAGAGGAAACUGGCUGUCACGGCACAAGAGCUUAAUAAAAUCUCACUCACUGACUUCCCAGCAGAGUGACUGAUCUUACUCAGCUUAUGCAGAGAUUCUUCCAAAAUCUGGUAAAAAAGUUAGGAAGGGGGAAGGUUACUCUCUUUAUGUGUAGCAAAUUGUGUAUGAAGUAUCAUACAAAACAUACUUUUCAUUAAAGUGAUGGAUAAACUCGCUCAAGCAAAACUUUGAGGAACUUACUUCUUGACUGUGUUAAGUCUUUGGAGAUAAUCUGAAUCUGCUGUAUUUUUUUUUUCUUAGUCCACUGCUUACUCAGUGCCAACAAUCAAGGAAAAUGCAUCUGUGCUGUUCAAGUAUUUGUAAAUAACUUAUAUUUUUAUGUCUUACAAGUAAUAUAUGUAAAUAUGUAUAUGUUUUAUAACUGUUUUUAUUUUUUGUAGCAGCAGCUUAAAAUUUCCCUGCACAAGCAUGUUAUACAAAAAAAAAAUAAAUGCAGUGGUAAUUGUCUGGAUCUAUUUAUUUGUUUCACGCUGAAGUAAUGGCUAAAGGAGAAAAGUUAAUAACUUUGGGUGGUUUUACCUUGUUUUACACAUUGAGUAAUACUGAAGUAGCAUUAACAGUAGCUUUUCUCCUAAGCAUUUCAAGUGUGCUAACACUCCUGACUGUGCUUGUAUCUGUACUUAAACACUCUAUGACUUCCUUAUCAGGCAGGAAAAGAUCUUAGAUGGAGUGGGAUCCAAAGCAGUGCUGGAGGGGGGAGGAUGAAGAGUUCCAGAGGAGCUGGUGCUGGCUGUGUGCAAGCACAGCUCAGC